CCGUCGCCGUAAUAAUAAGCCACGUGUUUGUUAUUCCAAUUUAAUGCGGUUUUCUUUUGUUAUCGGUAUCGUGGAUAUUAAGCUUAAACAUAACCGAACAGUUCAGCUACACCAAAAAGUCACCACCAAGCUGUACUGAGCAGCAUUAUUCAUGGCAUAAGGUAACAGUUGUACUAGUAAAUACUUGAGCAGUUUGAACAUGUCAUCGGAACUCCCAGUAGUAUUUUUUGACAUUGCUAUUGGCAAUCAACCAAUUGGCCGUAUCUUAAUGAAGCUUUUUGCGGACGUGGUACCAAAAACGGCAGAGAACUUUCGACAAUUCUGUACAGGUGAAGCAAAAGGGCCAGACAAGAAACCUAUUGGCUACAAGAACUGCACCAUUCAUCGAGUAAUCCAAGACUUCAUGAUACAAGGAGGGGACUUUGUCAGUGGUGAUGGAACAGGCAGCAAAUGUAUCUACGGAUCCAGAACGUUUGACGAUGAGAACUUUGACCUGAAGCAUGACCGCCCUGGUCUGCUGAGCAUGGCCAAUGCUGGUCCAAAUACCAAUGGAUGUCAGUUCUUCAUUACCACCGUUCCAUGCAGCUUCCUUGAUGGAAAGCAUGUUGUAUUCGGCGAGGUAAUUGAAGGCUUCGAUGUCGUCAAGAAAAUAGAAUCGACACCGGUAAACUCUGACUCGCGACCUAAAACGCCCGUUCGGAUUAUUGAGUGCGGUGAAAUGUAAGCCAUUUUAUAUAAGUGUGUAACAUUCUUCCAAUGUGAGUUCUCGACAGACAAUAAAAACUAUUGAUUAAUUAGUAGCAGAAGAGGUAUGGACAAUGAAGGAUUUGUAGUAAAGAAUAUAUGAAGAAAAUUUAAGAGUUAUUAGUUAUUCUUCUUGG